AAAACGACAGGUCUAUGGCAUUCUAUCAGGCGGCAUUCAUGGAAGUGGGACUUCCACUUCGAUCCCUGGUUUAUUCAAUCCAACGUUCUUUCAAUUGCAGUGUGACUGUGCAUUAGUCUUUGUGUCUCAGUUCUGGUCCAAACUCAAAGAUGACGAAACGGGUGGCUUUGGUAACCGGAAGCAGUAGCAGUCUCGGGUUGGCCAUCGUUAGAAGUCUUUGCAAGAAACUAGGCGAUGAUGGUAUAAUAUACUUAACAGCGAGGAACGAAGGUCGAGGUGUGGAAGCAGUCGAGGUCCUAAAGAAGGAGGGACUCGGUCCAAAGUUUCAUAUACUCGAUGUCAAUGACCAGGGUAGUAUCGAUAAGCUACGAGACGACAUCGCCAACCAGGAAGGAGGCUUGGACAUCCUCGUCAACAACGCUGGUAUCAUUUUUAAUGAUGAUACACCGAAAGAAAUUCAAGCAGAGAAAACGAUUCAGACGAAUUAUUUUGCAGUUCGGAAUGUGACCAACGCUUUUCUUCCCAUCAUACGGAAUGGAGGAAGGAUCGUUCACAUUGCCAGUUUGGUGGCUCCGAUGGCUUUCUACAAGAUGAGCGAUGAGAUGCAGGAUAGAUUCAGGAACGUUAACACUGGCCAAGGAAUAAAUGAUCUUAUGCAAGACUACGUCGACUCCGUGAAGUCGGGAAACACUGUACAAAUUGGGUUUGCAGACUGGUCAUACGGAACCAGCAAACUGGGCGUCACAACGCUUACCCGUACGCAGAGUGAAGCUAUCAAGAAAGAUCCAAUCAAAAAGGAUGUCCUCAUCAAUUGUUGUUGCCCUGGUUUCUUGAAGACAAGCUUCACCGCUCACUUCGACGAGGAGACAAUAAAGCAGAUGAUUAGCCCAGACCAAGGGGCUGACACCCCGGUGUACCUGGCCCUUCUCCCGCCUGAGACCAAAGAUCUACAGGGGCAAUUUCUAUUUAGAAGAGAGAUCAAAGAUUUCUAUAAAAAUGAUAUCAGACCUGUUAGUUUUGUUUAAGAACGGUAUCGUAAAAAAGCCAUUAUUUAAUUCAUGAUAAAAUAUCUGGUAAUUCUUGCAAGGCAUUUGUCCAAAUAUUGUGAAAUUAAAUGACUAUUCACAUUCCAGAUGACUGAAUAUUAAAAACAAAAAAUAUGUUGAAGAUUUAUCAAUAAAAACAUAAAAAAAAAAAAAAGUUAUUCAGCAACCCAUAAAGACCAACACCUAACUUUAGUUAAUGACGAAUGUGAGUGAGUAUAACGAUAAUACCUGAUUAUGUUUAGGUGCACUUUUCUGUUUUUAUGAGUCGAUAUAGUUCGAAAAUUAGAGGACGCUCUUCUCAUUGGGAGAUGGGGGAAUCCCCUCCUUCAAUAGCAAGGAGAUCAGUGAAUGUUAUAAAUGAAUCUGAGCAUUGUGGGAGUCGCAAUUUCUCGGUUUUCAACAUUUUACUUCUAUACAUCGUUCCCCGAAAAGAAAUGAUAAAAAAUAAGGAGCUUCGAAUUUCUCAUUCAUAAGGCAAAAUCUUCUGAUUUGCGGAAAUCAGCCGCUCAUAUUAAGAAGUAUUAAAAAGCUUCACGACCGAGAAAAAAAAACAGAAGAAAGGACAGGGAAAGGAAGGAAUUUGAUAUUUUUUCUGAGUUACUAUGUAAAAAUCUAUCACAAAAUUUUAUGUUUUUCAUUAAAAGAUCACAAGUUUGCUAACUUGCUUAGCUCGCUCGCAGAUUUGUAGAAAUGUUGUUUCGUAUGGCCCCCUCACUUUUCCGGCUCCUUACGCUACUGGCGUUAAUCAUGUUCAGGGAGAGACGGCAAUGAAAAUGAUAUUUGCUGUCACACCCAAUCUCUCCUCUCUCAGCCUUUUGAUAUUUAUUUAUUUUUAUUUUUUUUUGUAAUUUUUUACAUAUUGAUGAAGAGGAACACUGUAGUUGCUCUAUAUCAGCAUUUUUUUAAAUUUUUUUUUUCGAAAAUCUAAACCCAUGUCACACGAAGUAAAGUUCACUGCUAGAGGCGGAUCCAGGAUUUCGUAAUAGAGGGUUACAGGAGACAAUUUAAGUAGGUUAAGAUCAAUUGGUGAUUCUCAAAAUUUAGAGAGGGAGUGCGGGCCCCUUGAUCCGCCACCUACUGCCACUGAUUAAAAAGUGAUCGAAAUCAGAAUGAUAAUACUUUUGUAUUAGCAACUGAAUUUUUGUCACAGAAAAAUAAACUUUGAUGAAAUGUCUCGCCUGUAUUUGUA